CUUGUCCUGUGUUGACAGACGGUUUGUUUAUGUGUCAAAUUUUUUCUCCCGUCAUGUCUCGGAAGUAAAGUUUCUCUAGUUUUAGUCAUAAAAAGAAAAUUCCAGCACGCCGCGCCCAAUUAGACUCACAAGCGGCUAACACGAAUGUUGACACGAUUACACUUGACGUCGUAGAAAUGCAAAUUGGACACAUUUAGAUUUUUAUUGUUGUUUACUUCCAACCCGUCUAUUUUAUAUCAGUUUUAAAAUGUACUCCGAGUGGGUGUCGUUGUCGCAGACGAUCGCGUCGAAUAGUUGCGGGGCCCAGUCGCAAAGUGUUUUGAAUAAGUUCCCAGCCUCAGCGGGCCGGGAAGUGGCGGUGUCGGUGGUGAAGCAAUUGGCCACGAACUUGGGGAUUACUCAGAACGCGGAACCCAGUCAUUUGGUUAAAGAUGAGGAGGUCGUUUGGUGCAUGGACGUCAUCUGCUUCGGACUUUCGCUGCCGCUCCAGGAACAUGAAACGAUCAAGGACUGUGUCAACGUGUACUGCGAGUGGAUGACCGCUCUGCAUCCUUCUCCGAGAAUAAGUGUCCCGAAGCCCAUCUGUGAGGACCCGAACCUUUACGCGCGGCGGAUGAUCAACCACUUCCAUAACCUGUUCGUACCCCGCCAAGGGGAAAUCUUGACAUUUUUGUACCAGGAGGACCUUGCGUCGGAUACAAUCAACAGACAAGCAGUCCUUUGCCAUCGUGUACUCCGGACCCUGCAGCAAACCGCUCAGAUCUCACAGAUAAUGACGCGCGAGACAUGGGAGUCUUUGCUUCUGUUCUUGCUGGCCAUCAAUGAAGUCCUGCUUGCCCCGCCUACCGUGAAGGAUGAUGUUGGGGAUCAGUUGUGUGAGCGUGUCUUGAGCGUUUUGUUCGAAGUCUGGUUACUUGCAUGCGUCCGGUGUUUCCCGUCGCCCUCGCUCUGGAAAACAUUGCAGGAAUCGUGUGCGAUCUGGCGUCACAGGAUCGCUCUCGUUGAACAAUGGAAUCGAGUUAAUUUGGCGCUGACUGCGAGGUUGUUGGAGUUUACAUAUGGACCGACCUUUCCGGAGCUGAAGAUUGUUGAGGAAGAUGCCCAAUUAAUCCCGAAUGGCAUGACGAACGAUUGUAUUGCACAAACUUGGUAUAGAUUUUUACGCACAAUUGGGAAUCCUACGGCUCUUUGUUCGCCACAAAUAAUAAGCAAAACUCCACAUUUUAUGCAGUGGUCGAUGACGCGGGAGGACGGAGUUGAAGCCUAUCAACAUCCUUGUUUGCUCGCAUUACCGCAGAUCUUUCUGAAAGCAAUCAAAGGGAUAUCGAGUCAGGUUGAUGCUUUUUUGGGUAUCUAUCAAGCACCACAUCACGUCCACGACGACACUAAUAUACAAAAUGUAGAAUUGCGUGGUGCUAGUGCUGUAGAUAUCGCGUCGUCAUCAUCAACAUUUCACAAUACGGUAGCAUCUAGUGGUAGCAAUUUUAGGGAUACUUUUGGUGUUGGUGGUAUUUUGUCGACAGCGACAUCCGUGAGCUCGAGCAGUGGAGGCGGGGCCGGAAUAAUUGCCGGCUUGAUUGGCACCAAUGUACAUACACAAGGAGUGACAAGUGGUGGCUUUGCAUCGGGGACAACUGGCACCCCACUCACGACUAUGAUUAGUGGCGUUGCUGCCAGUGAUCAUAUUUUGCAUUCACCUACGCCACCGCUUCAACGACGUUUGGCGAAAAGUUUUAGUGUUGCACCAUCGACGUCGACGUCACAGCAAAAGGGCUUGAGUAAGGCAUCAUUGAUCGGUUUGACCAGUUCGAGAUCGACAACAGUUCAUCCACCAUCAACACCUAACUCUGGACCACCAUCAUCGAGUAGUUUGAAUUCUUUACCGUCGAUCGGUCAUGAGCAGAGACCGCCUUUGGCUGUAGCGCGACCUAAAUGUAACAGCAUUUUGCAUCUGUUUGGUGAAUGGCUUUUCGAGGCAGCCCACAUUGGCGGGGAUGCUUGGGUACAAAAUACAAAGAAACAAGCUACCGAAGCCAGUCGUCGACCAUCCUCAAUGAUUAUGGAGCAUCGAAAAGGCAGCAUCUCGCUUUCACAGCCCAACUCGCUCACCGACAACUCCAACCUUCCACCGGGUCUUACAAUUGACAAAUACGAAUCUGGACGAGCAGAAGCAAUUGGAACUCUUUGCCGAAUAUUCUGUGCAAAGAAAACUGGGGAAGAAAUCCUCCCAGUGUAUUUGGCACGUUUCUAUGUAGCAUUGCAACAAUGCUUGCGAAUACCGGAAUCGAAAGAAUGUGAUGAGACACUUGCGAGUAUCCUCUAUAAUUCGGCUGACAUAUUUCGUCUGGAUUUGGACGGGAUUCAUGUGCUUUUGCCAGGAUUUAUUUCAGCACUGGAAUUGGUCUUGCCUGAAAAAGAUUUGAAAAUCAAGUCAGAUGCGAUUCCAUUUAACAAGACGGAGUUGAGGCGUGCUUCGAUUAAUAUUUUGCUGUCGAUUUUGGCAUUGCCUUUGCAUUUUCAGACGUUGCCGAUUCGAGAUUUGAAUAAUGGGCCCAUGGACAGGAUGAUUACUUUCAUUCAACUUAAGCCUCGAAUAAUACACAUUUUAAUGAACGCUCUGCAAGUUGAAAAUGAUGCCCAAAAUACACACAUGCUCCUCGGAGGGCUAUUGCUUACUGUACAAGAUGCGGUCGCAUUUGAGGAUAAUGACAUUGGUGGCAGCAAUUUACAAACAUCACCACCACCAAGUGAUACUAAUUUAUUAAGUUCAGCCUGUUCGGAAAGAUCGGCUUCGUGCUCGAUUGAGGGUGGCGCCAGCAAUUCAAGUUUGGGUGGCCAAAGCACGGCAACGUUGGGUGGAGGAGCUGGAGCUGGCCGUGAGAGUUUAUCUCACGACUAUCCUAGCCUCUCGAUAUCGGAUGAUUUUCCCGCUGAUAUGCUGUUGCAAGAUUACGAAGUUGCAUCUAUUUAUGAUAAUGCUCAUGCUCUCUUCGUCCGUGCCACAUAUUUGGUUUGUCACCGUUUGAUCUCAUCAUGGAAAGUGGAUUUGAACGUCUCACUAGCGGCAUUGGAGCUUCUUUCUGGUUUGGCCCGUCUGCAUAUUCGCGAUUCUGAAAUAUUAGUUAAAAUUGAACUUGGCAAUCUAACGAUACUUUCCACAGACGCCUUGGAAUGUAAACGUGCCGUAAAAUGGAUUUGCGAUUAUAUUUGUUAUCAAUGUUCUCGUCCGCCGCCUGCUCAUAGCAAAGACUUGCAUAGUACUAUUGUUGCAGCGUUUCAAUGCACUUCGGCAUGGUUGAUGCAACAUCCGUAUUUGUUGCAAGAUAAAGAUUGCCUUACGACCGUAAUGGAGGUCGUUGAGCUGGGAAUAUCGGGCUCGAAAAGUGUUGGAAAGGCUGGCGAUGCUCCUAAAUUCAAAGAUGACAAGGAGCUGAAACCGGCUUCAAUGCGAGUAAGAGAUGCAGCCGAACACUUGUUGACCAUAAUUCUAGAACAAGUUGGAUACUUCCCAAGCGAAUGUGGACCGGAGUCAAUUUCGUCGUUAUUGGAUGAGGUGGCUUUGAUAAAGCACUGUAACUCAACACCAGCCUCAGAUAACGGCAACUCGAUUAGUACUGAGCAGGCGAUUCAGAAGUUUAAGUAUUUUGUAACAGAGAACUCGACUAUUUUGGCACUGUUGGAGGAACCGUUAGGAAACGAUCAGGACCCUCAACCGACGGUAACAUUAUUAAUUCGCGGUCCGUUUGGACGUCAUGCUUGGACAAUGCAGCUUCGCCAUUUACCGCGGAGCAAAUCCGGUACGAAAUAUCAUGCUCCGAAUCCCGGCCGUCCGGUUCCUAUGGGUGAUACACCACAACGCAUCGAAUUGGAUCAAAAAUUCUUCCCUGAUGGCGUCGAAAAGGUGUCACCAUGUGUAGCUGACUAUUCCAUUCCAACUUUUGAUUCAAUUCGCGAACAGUACGGAAACGAUGUAAUUAAUCGACUGGCACAGAUGAUUGAAAACCAGACAAUAUACGAAAAAAUUGCAUGGGCGGAAACUGACAAUUCCGAAGACAGUUUGAGUCAUUCUCAAGAAGCUGUGCCUCCUUCAGUUUGUCAUGAAUUUCAAGCUGCGCGGCUGUUUCUCUCUCACUUUGGAUUUUUGUCGAUAGAUGAUAAAGACUCUCAAAAUGCCAACGAUGUACCGACCGGAUCGCGGUUGCUUACUGUACUUGAUACGAAGAAGCCAACAUUUUCACAUGAUUUGAGUAUUCUAGACAAAGUAAGUCCAAGAACACAUGACACAGUAUAUGUGUUCUACGUCAAGGCUGGGCAAAGUGGUUAUCAAGAUAUCAUCGACAAUAUGAGCGACGAAAACGUGCGAACAAUAGAUCCUCAUUUUUGGAAUAUGCUACAAACUUUGGGUUGGACCGUUGACGUUGAUGAACACUCCGGCUGGACUGGAUUUUUGAACACGAGUUGGCAACUGAAAAGCUCUCCUCCAAAAUCAAACCAGAAUCGUUCAAACGAAAUGAAAUUCAAUGGUGAGAACCGUGUUCUUUAUUGGGCUGAUGUUGGUGCUGAAAUUGCGUUUGUUGUGCCGACUGAAUGGAAUGGACGCGAUGAAAAUAUCGAUGGAAGUAGCUUGUCUCUGAAUUCUACCCAUUCAUCGGGUGAUAGUGUCCAAUCAGGGUCAGGAAACUGGUAUGAGCGGAGUCUAAGCGAACAAACAAGUCAAACUCAAGGAAUUAGCGCUAUCUCAAAAUCGUCUUUGAAUCAGAAGCCACGGACACUCUCCCUCGAGCUGGAGAAAAGCAGGGAACCCGUUCCUCCGCGCCGGCGUACCACAGGCGGAACGAAACAUUCACUACUGGGUCAGUCUUCUGCCAAAAUACUUUUAGUCUGGUUGGAAAGUUACGAGGAUCACAUCAACUUUCCUAUCGAUGACUUACUAGCGUUUACCAGAACGGGCGAGGAGCCUUUCUCUGGACAUAUUCCACGUUCGAGCGAGUGUCACGUUAUAUUUUUGCAUGCUCUCCAGUCUGGGUUAUUGCGUGUCAAGCUUCAAGGACCACCUGGUCGAAUGAGCUUCGCCACGCCAUUGGUCGAUGGAAUGGUUCUAAGUCGUCGAGUAGUAGGAAAUUUGGUGCGUCAAACAGCCUAUAAUAUGGCGAAGCGUAGGCGGUUGGAUAAUGACAUUUACCAACCACCCCAUGUACGACGAAGAUUAAAAGUGCAGGAUAUUGUGCAGAAAUACAAAAUGGACUUGACUUAUCCGGAACUUUUGGCGCAUUUGUUUAAGAGCGCGUCUUAAUUAUGUGUUUUAUGUGUAGUUGACCUAGUUAUACUGCUCCAGUUUACUCCUAAUCCAGUAUUAAAGUCAUAUAUUUUUAUCUACUUAUUGGGCUUCGGGUUACGAACUAAUAUUCUUUCUAUUUAUAUUUUUAUGUUAAAAUAUACUUAACUUAUUGAAACU